UUUUUUGAAGGCCUCUUUUCAAAGGAACAAGACUUGCAUGAAAGAGAGUUGUAAGACUUGUUUUGUUUCUCUUGCCUCAACUCCCAAGGGACAAUCACAUCAUUUGUCAUCAGGGCUAGUACAGAAGUAGAGUGUGGCGACUCAAACGGCCAGCCCAAUAGUCGUCCUUUGUUUGAGUAUAGCAGUGACGACGGCCGUUGUCUUGCGGAAAGCAACCAUUUUUCGUCUUACACACUUUACGUGCUUCCAGAGCAGAAUCUCUGUGCCACUUUAGUACAUAAUUAUAGUUUCCCAGAUGGUCAGCUGAGAUGGCCUUGCUUUCCUGGACGUGUCCGCAUCGCUGAUGAGCGAAGUUGGUCAGUAGCAUGUCGACGAUAACUUCAAGGCCCACUGUGGGAAUGCUUGUGAACACAACCAGGUUAGGACCAACGCCUUGCCCCAGCAAGUGCUCUGGUCAUGGAGUUUGUAACCAAGGAGCAUGUGUCUGUCAGGUUCAAUGGACUGGCGGAGAGUGUGCCAGUGCCAACUAUCCAUACGUUGUCACCUUUGGCACAGUGUUCACCCUUCUCACUCUGGUCUCCUUUGUGCAAUUGGCGUUGACAAUAUACCAUGACACGCAAAAGAGCAAGACCGAUCGGCUGCGAGAGGCGUUUCGCUUCACAGUUCACAAGUGGCUAUACUUUGUCGCUUGGCUGGCGGCAGGAUCCAGGGCUUUCUCUCUCAUUAUGCAGGAGGGCCUAUCGUCUGGGUUUGCACUCAAUGUGCAGAGUGUUUACUACCCGUUUCUGAUCACGCUCGGCUCGUUACUAGCAUGCCUGCUCGGGGAGAGGUACUAUCUGGAAGUCCCGUCGUCUGAGACGCACUCCAUAAAGAAAUCUUUUCUCUUCUAUGUCGGUUUCAACGUGGCCCUGUGGGUAUCGUUCUUCCUGAUGAUUGUGCUAACUGCUGCUCUCCCAGCUGAUGAACAGGCCUUUGUGCACCGCAUCUUCUACCUGGUGUUUGCCAUUGUGCAGCUGCUGUGCGUAGCGUUCUUCCUCUUCUACGGCGUGCGCAUGUUCUACAAAGUGACUGGAGCGUUCAAAACGGAAGACUGCCGUGUCAACACCACGCAGCUCAGCCUCUCCCGGGCUGGCGUCUUCUUCCAGGGAAUAUUCCAGCUGAGUGUGGUAACGUUACUGGUAAUUGACUUCUCCAGUCACUUCUUCCCACCUGAGAGUCGCUUUUUUAACCGUGACCUGUUCAACAUUGUCAGUCGUGUGACGGACAUCGCCGUCGUCAUCUGGUUUCCAUGCGCGCUGUGGAACUGCAAGCGACCGGAAACACUGUGGAUCCUGAACCCCCGUCAAGUCUUAGACACGACAAGUGGCGAGUAUGCCGCUUUAUCGGCUGAGAACCAACGGUCUUACGGUAGCACCAUUCGCCGUGUAUCAGCGAAUCGUGCGCAGCAAUGUAGCACCGAUGAGUUUGAGUGCUGGAUUUGCUAUGAUGUGGAAAGUGGCGAGUCCGGACCGUUGAUCUGCCCGUGUGAUUGCAAGGGAGGCACGGCUGCUGUGCAUCACAACUGCUUGAAGCGAUGGCUACUGGAGCAAGGAGAGUUGUCUCAGCGCAAGGUCCCUCAGUGUGACAUCUGCAAGAAGCCUUACGUGCUUGACCGAACUCGACGCUUCAAAUUCUCCUGCACAACUAUGCAAGGUUUACGCUCGUCAUUACUCAUUUGUGUUAUCGUUGCCAUGCCGAUCACAGUGACGUUUGUGAUUAAACAUGUUCCGUUCCAUGACUUGGCCAAGUAUACUGUGAUUGUUGUCACGGCAGUGCUGGAGCUGGUCUGUCUUCGGCUGCUGGGAGUGACGUUUGACUCGAUAUGCCACCGUGCAAUGGUGGCCGCCGUCACCAUCCUUGGACCACAUCCAUCGAGCAUCCAGCCACCAGAAGACACUACGGCUGAAGCAACGUCGCUGCCACCAUCAAUGCCACCAGCUGCUGCUACAUUGGACGAAAUGGACAAAUUGCAGCAGCAGCAGCAUGAGCAUGAACCCUGUUCAUCACCAGGCACAGUGUUACUGCUCCGUCGUACACCCUCACCAUCAAUAGAGGAUCAGCAAAACUCCACUUACGCAGUGUCAGCAGCAGCAAACUUGCCUACUAGCCCGCCGUAUCCUCAGUCCAGUAUACAACAAUGCUCCAGUAGCAGUGACCUGAUUCCAUCCAGCCGCUCACAAUCUGUUUUAUUCGCCGUACGACCUCUGGCAUGAUGCGUGCGCGCACACAAACACACACACACACACUUCUUGUGUAUGUGUGUGUUCAUUGCCACGUGGUCUUUCCACGAGCAAUCAAGCUGCAGUGAUGACAAGAACAUUUGAUGCGUUGUGUUGCUAACAUGUCGAGUGUACUCUGCGUGCAACGCCUGUGGGCUCUUUUAUUUC